CUUCUUAUUUUUUAGUUUUGAAUAAAAAUGUUUAUUUACUUUAAUGUAAAAUAAAAGUUGAUUUAUUAUUAGCUUUUUCUAUCAGAAUUUAUAUAUUUUUUGGCUGUAACUGUUAUUGAGCCAUGUGCUUUAGGCUGUAAGAAUUGCGAGACAUAUUUAUUUUUAAAUUAAAAUGGAUAAGGAUCAAGACCUAGUGGAAAGCAGUGAUUUACUGUCGGGAACAGUAAGGCCAAAAUCUGUAGAACCAGAAAUUAUUAAUAGUACAUCAAAUGAUCCACCCGAUGGGGGUUUUAGAGCAUAUUCCAUAGUAAUCGGUUCUUUUUUAACAAAUGGACUAUUAUUUGGUGUAAUAAAUUCCUACAGUGUUAUAUAUACAGUGCUUCAAAAGCGAUUGCGAGAUGAAAAUGUUCCUAAUGCGGACAGUAAAGCAGCCUUGGUUGGAGCUUUGACAAUGGGCACAACGUUCCUACUGUCGCCACUGUCGGGCGUUCUCACUGGUCUCCUGGGGCUGCGACUGACUGCUGUUCUGGGAGGCUCCAUUGCUACGGGAAGUUUGCUCCUUACGUCCUUUGUCGUUGACCACGUAGAUGCCCUUUACUUCACCUAUGGGAUUAUGUACGGGUUGGGCGCGUCCCUCGCGUAUACUCCUUCCUUGGCCAUACUCGGACAUUACUUCAAGAGAUACUUGGGACGCGUCAACGGCUUCGUCACUAUAGGCAGUUCUAUCUUCACUGUCAUCAUGCCGUCGCUCAUGAAACAUAUGAUUGAGAACUACGGUCUUCCGUGGAUGUUCAGACUCUUAGCUGUAUUCACGUUCGGAAUUGCUCUUUGCGGUUUACUAUUCAAACCGAUCCCGCUUGUUGUAAUAGAAAAACCGUCACGUGAGAAAAAUACUUUCAAAGCCCUCAUAAAAACUAUAGUAAAUGUUCAGAUAUGGAAGAAUAGGAAAUACCGACUGUGGGCCCUAUCUAUGCCGGUCGCUUUGUUCGGAUAUUUCGUUCCUUAUGUUCAUAUUCAAGAGUUUAUUGAAAAAACCUUUACAAAUGUUAAUGUUACGUUACCCCUUCAAUGCAUCGGUGCUACAUCUGGUCUGGGAAGGCUAAUGUUUGGUAUUUUAGCUGAUAAAAAGGGCAUUGAUAGGAUCCUGUUGCAACAGAUAUCUUUUUAUGUCAUUGGGACGUUGACGAUAAUUUUGCCUUUCGUGAAAUCAUUCGAACUGUUCAUUGUGAUAUGUUUAGGUAUGGGUAUAUUCGAUGGUGCAUUUAUAGCUUUGAUAGGUCCGAUAGCGUUUGAAUUUUGUGGGAGUGCUUAUGCCGCUCAAGCUAUAGGGUGUAUGUUAGGAUUGUCAGCGACACCUUUGUCUAUUGGUCCCCCGUUAGCAGCUAAACUCUACACGUUCUAUGAAUCGUAUACAUUACCCUUCGUGUUGGCAGGAAUAUCUCCUAUAAUUGGUGCUUCACUUAUGUUUACUAUUCGUUUCCGAUGUCGAAAGGAUGAAAGAAAAGGGGCUAGCACAAAUGGACACCUUUCUAGUACACAAGAUAUUGAAAAGCCGCCAUCUCCGUUGCUGCGUCAAAAUGGCGUCUCUCAACAGACCACAUUAUAACACUGGAAGAAAAUCUGUCAAUUCAAGUGCCUAUCUUGCAGUUUACGUCUAAUUUUAAGUGAAUCUCUAUUUUACUCUCUACACUAGAACUUAUCAAAUUUAGUUAUCUGUUGCGUUUAUAAAGAAAAUGAAUAUGAAUCGGCUGUGAACUUCAUGGAUUUGUAAAAACGAAAUUGUUUAACUCGAAUAUUAUACUUAUAUUAUUUUUUUAGUUUAUAGAAGCGAAAAAUUUCUUCAAUAACGUCACAAUAUUUUUUGGCCAAAGGUUUUUCUAAAAUCAGUUCACAGCCGAAAUAUAACCAAAUAGAUAGAUGAUUUCCCACUGAAAAAUCGUGAUGAUAGAUAUUUUCCUACACCAAUUAUGUUAAUUUGCCAUAUAUGUUCCUAAUUGUUUUAGUUUCACCGUGUAGAUUAGGCUAUAAAUGGUUAAAAACCGAGUUAGAAAAAUAAAGAUUUUAAAACAUCAACAUCCCAUAGGUAGAAUUUGUAUGUACAUAAUACAUAUCAUAUUAUGGAGUUGAUAAUAACUAUAAACAUACCUAUUUCAAAUGACAUUUAUUUCUAAGAAUGAAUAUUGUCUACGUACUCUGUAUUCAUAUUUACGAGUACAAGAUGUUUUCUUACAGUAUAAAUGUGUAUUUUCUGAAAGGUAUACUGCAUGAUGAAAGACUAAACUGUAUUUUUUUCCCAAAAAAUUAUUUCUCAGUUCUUUUUGGGUGUGAAUGUUUGGUGCUAUAUAAAUUGUAGAUGUAUCUAUAUAUAUGAAACAUUCAUUUAUUUUUAUUCUAAGGUAUAUUUUUCUUAUACACACUAAUUCUAAGCUCAGCUUAUGGAAUCAAAGAUAUGGAAUUUUAGUUCCAUAAUUUGUAAAUUACCUAUACCUAAGUUACUGUAACUCGAAUGGUUUCUACCUUAUCCUAUUAUUGGUUACUAUAGAAUAUAAAUUAUAUUAUGUUUUAUUUGAUAUUUUCUAAAAAUCACCCGCCCAACUUUACAAAUGACAGUAAAAAAAAUAUUUGACAGUAUGAGAUGGCGGCGAAAUUAACAAACGUCGUUUAUUUUUUUGGAAUUU